UAAGCUUUGCUAUGACGUAUUCCAUAACCAGCCUUGCGUGUACCACUUGCACACUCGGCGGCAUCGAAACACACCUACGACAGUUCAAGCAGCACCUGCACAGACAUUCUGCGCACGUUGCAAUGGGAAACACUACGAGAACGUAUAAACGGUCUUCCGGAACGCGAUCUAGCCUCUCCGGAAGCAAGAAAAACCAAGACCAGGAGGCCUCGUCCUCGGAUUCAGAAGUUUACGAAAAAAUCUCUGACCACGAGCUUGAUGAUGAGAAAGAGCCCAAGGACAACGCACCUGAUGACGAAAACGCCGAGAACAAGGACGCUGAAUCGGAAGAUUCAAACGACAACGACGAAGGUGAAGAGGAAUACGUCGUCGAAAAGAUUUUGGAUCACCGUGUAAAGAGAGGUGUGUUUUGGUAUCUGUUGAAAUGGGAGGGCUACGACAAGCCCGAAGAUAACACGUGGAGCUCAGAAGCCGAUUGCACUGGUUGCAAGGAGCUCAUCGAGAACUACUGGGCCGAACACGGUGGUCGUCCUGAGAAACGCACGAGAAAACGGACGACCAGAAAAACUGACAGUGAUGCCGCCGAACAACCUGCACCAAAAAGUCGCCGUACGAGCCAGCGUACGGCUUCAAAGGCUGCCUCUGGCGACGAGGGCACGGCCACCCGCUCAACCGCAAAACAAGCUGAUGCUGACAUUGAACCCUCGGACGAAGAGGAUGUUCCCGUUUCUAAAAAGUCUCGUGCCGCCGCAAAGAGCGCUGAAAAAACCGCUACUAAGCGUCGUCCCGGCAGACCCCGUAAAAAGGCCGUCUCUGAAGAGGAGGAGGACACUGAAUUUGAGGCUGAGGAGGAAGAAAAGGAGGAAGUUGAAAGCCAAGAAUCAGACACUGCGGAAGUGACAACGAAGAAAACAAAGUCCACUCGCAAAUCAAAGAGACGCGAGAGCAAAACCGUUGAGGCUAUCGAAAGCGGAGAGGAGGAUGAAGCACCAGAGCUGCCUACAGACGAACAACUUAGUUUGGACAAGUUGGAGGCGAUGGACUCAUGGGAAGACCUAAUUAGUAGUAUUGACACCAUCGAGCGCCGCAACGAUGGCUCGCUCCAGAUUUACCUUACAUGGAAAAACGGUGCUAUCUCUCACCACGACAGUCGCAUCACGAACAAAAAAUGUCCUCAAAAGAUGCUCGAGUUUUAUGAGCGACACCUCACGUUCCGUGAGAAUGCCAAUGACGACGAGAAUGAAGAGGGAAAGGAAGAAGGAAAUGAUGAGGAUGACAUGAACGACCUCGUCAGUGAUUGAUCGGCUUUGUAACCAACCCCUCGCUUCCCGUUUUCAUUUCGUUUCCUUUUCCGUGCCCAAAAUUGCACCCUGGCAAGCACGAUGAAAAAAUAAGCAAACGACGCGCUUAGUUCAACCACAACUCUUCCCUUAGAAACGCUGCUGGUGUUUGUGUCAUGAAGGUGGUUCUAGGGACGCAUGUUCCUCGCCCAUCUUUUUUGCUAAUUUCUUUUUCGUCGUCUCGGACAUUCUUUAAUUGUAAAUUGUAGGCUACAAAUGAUAAUGUAUAUGCUCGAACCGAACCACUGGGACAAAAAAUGGUUCUUUACUGUAGCAAAACUGUGUCAAUGAAUCCUAUGAGUUAUAUUAGUCUAUAAGAGUUCUGUGAGUACCUUCAAUAAUAACUACUACCCUUCCUCGUACCCAGCAUAUUCCCAUA